GAGAUCCCCGAUAUCUCACCCAAUCAAACUCACCUGUGUUCACUUAUUAUUCGAGUUGACGGAAUGGCACACUAGUACACAAACACAUGACAAUGAUUUGUUUAUAAUAAAAGCUACAGUAAAAGACUAGUCAUGGUUAACCAACCAUUAUUACAUGUACUUGCUCAGCUAAGCAACACUACAUCAGUCGAGGUGUCUUUAGCUCUCAGCGUUGAGUCGAGAAAAGGCAUUCAAAUCCUAAGCAUCAUCUUCAUGAUCUUGUCACAAGGUGGGUUUGGAUUGCUUUACUCUGGUUUAUCCCGUGCCAGAAAUGCAUUGACACCAUACAUUGCUGUUUUUAUCAACAUGUUCAUAGUUUUGUUUUGUGUAUGGGGUGUCGGUUACACCUUUGCAUGGAUGUCAGGCAAUAAGUUCAUUGGCCAUAGGAGGAAAUGGUUUGGAUCAGAAAUGGUUUCCACAGAUUACAUUCCUUGGGCACUACAUGCCUGCUAUACGAUGUUUGUUGUUAAUAUAUCAUGCGGAGGAAUCAUUGAACGAGGAAGACCAAUCACAUACUUCGUGUUAUCACUGUUUCUUGCCUUUUUCAUUCAUCCAGUCGUUGUUCAUUGGGCUUGGGACGAGGAAGGAUGGUUACAAACAGUUCAUUUACGAGACAAAGCAGAUGUAGUUUUCAAGGACGUAGGUGGUAGCUGUGUUAUACAUGUAGCUGGUGGAAUAUCUGGAUUUGUUGGCGCCAUGAUCUGUAGACCACGACAAGAAAGAACCAGAAAAAAGUCUGCCUUUAAAAUUUUGCAUUCACAUUCAGCUCCGAUGACAGGCUUUGGUGGUAUAGUUAUAUACUGUGGUUUGAUAACAUUGCAGCUAACCAGAGUCAUUGCAACCAAUAGUCAGGCCAAUUCAGACAUGUUAGCUAUUGUUAUCAUCAAUAAUUUUCUCGCUAGCUUAGGAUCUACAUUUGUGGUUUUUCUGCUGGCUUGUGCAUUAAAUAACCUAAAUCAAAGUUCGUCGAAAAGGAAAUUCCACUGGCCAAUGAUACAAGCUGUCGUCAAUGCUGCAUUAGUUGGUUCUGUGUCGGUUGCCGCUGGGUGUGAUAGUUACUACCCUUAUAUAUCAUUCGUUGUUGGUUUGAUAGGAGGUCUUGUCUAUAUGUUCUACAGCUUUGUGGUGUACCUUUGUAUGGUUGACGAUCCAGCAGAGACAUUUGCAGUCCAUUUUGGUCCAGGCUUUUGGGGAGUGUUAGCCGCUGCGAUCUUUUCUCGGACAUAUGGUGCAGCUUAUCAGACUAAAGUAAACGGGACUUACGAAGAGACACCUUACCUUAUAUUUGCAUGGAAUUUGAUUGGUGCGAUAGUUAUAACGGCAUGGUGUUUUGUGUUAGUUCUAAUUAUUCUCCUGAUUGUGCUGUUAAGUGGGAAACUGAGAGUAAAAAAGGAUAUAGAAUGUGAAGGCGUUGAUGCAGAUGCUUUUCAAGAAUUUGCUUAUCCCAUCGAAGCUUGGAAAAGAGCACCAUUUGAAGAAAAGUUCCAAUUUCAGGACGAUGUGUCUGUCGCCAGUGAGAAGCCUUCAAUUCCGCAAACCGAGCAUACCCGUGAUUGUUGUCGAUACUGUCCAGAACAUGAUGGCCGUUAUAGACCAGUACCUCCUUACUUUCCAGAACAGGACGAUCGUUCUCGAACACAACCUCCUAGGUACUGGCCAGAGCAAUAUUUCAACUCAUAUCGUCCUAACUAUUUUAUGGCACCAAGAGCUAAACUAGUUAGACCUCCAUAUGGUAGUAUAUACAAAAUAUAAAAAACUGUUCUAUGACUGUAUCAAUGAAUUUAAGCAACAUGUAAUGAGUGCUAUAUUUACUAAUUUACAUUUACAUUUAUUCACUACAUACAUUGUAUUUUUCGACUUUCAUGAAAAUUAAUAUUAUUAUUUUGAAUAAAUAAUGAUUUACGAACUGU